UAAUUUUCAUUUCUUAAGUCGUGAAGCGUGUACCCUCCGCAGCCACUCCCAACACCCAACACCCAACACCCCUUUCCCAUCAAUUCAAAGUUCAACCCCGAAAAUCAAAAAUCGAAAUUGAAAUCCCUUAAGAAAUACUCCAUCAAAUCCCCAAAUUCCGUUCUUCAAGAAUCAAACUGGUCCUCCGAUCUGUCGCCCCAGCUCAUCUCAAUCGAGAACUUCACACAUUAAACGAAUUUGAUACAAAUAUUUAUGAUCGGGGACUAUGUAUAGCAAUUUCAAAGAACAAGCAAUCGAGUAUGUACGGCAGGCUGUGGCGGAGGAUAAUGCUGGAAACUACGCCAAAGCCUUUCCUUUAUACAUGAACGCCUUGGAGUACUUCAAAACCCAUCUCAAGUAUGAGAAGAAUCCUAAAAUCAAGGAAGCCAUCACGCAGAAGUUCACGGAGUACCUGCGUCGGGCCGAGGAGAUCCGCGCCGUGCUUGAUGAGGGCGGGUCGGGCCCCACAUCGAAUGGGGAUGCUGCCGUGGCGACUCGGCCCAAGACCAAGCCCAAGGAUGGCAAUGACGGGGAGGAUGGGGAUAAGGAGAAGCUUCGGGCUGGAUUGAACUCUGCUAUUAUUCGGGAAAAGCCUAAUGUUAAGUGGAAUGACGUUGCGGGGCUGGAGAGCGCAAAACAGGCGCUCCAGGAGGCCGUGAUUCUGCCUGUGAAGUUCCCACAGUUUUUUACUGGCAAGAGACGCCCCUGGAGGGCUUUUCUCUUAUAUGGUCCACCUGGAACAGGAAAGUCAUACUUAGCCAAGGCUGUUGCCACAGAAGCUGACUCGACUUUCUUCAGUAUUUCUUCUUCAGACUUGGUUUCGAAGUGGAUGGGCGAAAGCGAAAAGCUUGUAUCUAAUCUCUUCCAAAUGGCUCGUGAAAGUUCACCAUCCAUCAUAUUUAUUGAUGAAAUCGAUUCCUUGUGUGGCCAGCGUGGAGAAGGAAAUGAGAGUGAAGCUUCCAGACGAAUCAAAACAGAAUUACUGGUUCAGAUGCAGGGGGUGGGGCACAAUGAUGAUAAAGUUCUUGUUCUUGCUGCAACAAAUACCCCUUAUUCCCUUGAUCAGGCUAUUAGGCGACGAUUUGAUAAGCGGAUUUACAUCCCACUCCCAGAUCUGAAGGCACGACAACACAUGUUCAAAGUGCAUUUAGGAGAUACCCCUCAUAACUUGACUGAAAGCGACUUUGAAGUCCUAGCUCGUAGAACAGAAGGCUUUUCUGGUUCAGAUAUCUCUGUUUGUGUCAAGGAUGUCUUAUUUGAGCCCGUACGUAAGACACAAGAUGCCAUGUUCUUUGUCAAGACUUCUAAUGGUAUGUGGAUGCCAUGUGGUCCCAAGCAACCAGGUGCAGUGCAGACAACCAUGCAGGAGCUUGCUGCACAAGGACUUGCUGCAAAGAUCAUUCCACCUCCCAUAUCAAGGACAGACUUCGAUAAGGUUCUAGCAAGACAGAGACCGACAGUGAGCAAAGCUGAUCUUGAAGUGCAUGAGAGAUUCACGAAGGAGUUUGGCGAGGAAGGUUGAGGAAGUUAAGGUGCAUAAAUAGAUUGCCCUUGUUCAUGGGUUGGUGGCAUUUGUUUGUUGUGUUUUUAUAGCGUUCAAACAUAAAGCUUCUUCUAGCGGGAAGAUGACAUGAGUUGCCUUUCCCUCCACUACUCGGCAGUGAAACGAGCCAACACCUCUCGGAUUGCAUGUAAUUAUUUUUUCAGACAAAUGAAAAUGGUUCCAGGAAUGAUGUUAAUAUGGUGUAUGCCGGGCAAUGCCAGUUUCAUUUGAAUAUGAAUUACAACCUUUAUCCCAUCACAAUCCCUUAUAACUAUUCAACUUGCUAUUGUAUUUUGAAAGCUAUUCUGAGUUAACUUUUGCGAGGCAGCUACAACUUUCCAGACAUUAUUUUGAA